AUGAACUGAAGAUUAUGUCGGCUCAUUGGACGUUUAAGACAAAGGAAUUAGAAGAUCAGGUGGAGAAUCAAAGGAGAAUUGAUCAGGAGCUGAAGAAGAAGGUGCUGAAGUUAGAAUUUUGCCUACGCGAAACACGCAUCCAAACUCGAAAACUUCAAAAGAUGGGAGAGCGAAACGAUAUGGCAAUACAAGAAGUACUCAACGAGCAAUUGGCUGCAAAAAAACAGCAUGAAGCUGAUCUUUCUAGCAACCAAAACUUGUGGGACAAAUCAGGUUUCAAGAUUAUUGUCUCCAUGUCGAUGCUGAUAUUAGUUGCCUUUUCUAGGCGUUGAAUUAGCGAUGAAAUCAUUUUAGAUCAUUUUAAAAUAGUUAGACAGUACCCUCCAGUGUAUGAAGGAUUAAGAUUAUAC